AGCUCUGACUAAAAUGCCAAGAUCAAAACAUAUACAGAUUCUUAAAUUGUACGCGUGCCUUUGAGUGAGAGAGACAUUAAUAAUCUUGGCUAUCUCUUUUUUGUUAAGGAGUGAGAGAGAUAUUAAUAUAACAAGAUGGUUGUGAAAGUGUAUGGUCCAGUCAAGGCAGCCUGCCCUCAGAGGGUUAUGGUUUGUCUUUUGGAGAAAGGAGUGAAUUUCGAAAUUGUUGAUGUUAAUCUUGAGGUGGGAGAGCAAAAGCAACCUCAGUUCCUCUCCCGUCAGCCGUUUGGUCAAGUUCCAGCAGUAGAAGAUGGUGAUUUCAGGCUAUUUGAGUCUAGGGCUAUUAUCAGAUACUACGCAGCCAAGUACGCCGACCGUGGUCCCAACCUAUUGGGAACAACCCUGGAGGAGAAGGCUCUGGUGGAUCAGUGGCUGGAAGUAGAAGCUCACAAUUUCAAUGACUUGGUUUACACUCUGGUACUUCAACUUCUGGUGCUGCCUCGCAUGGGGGAGCGUGGUGACGUGGCCUUGGUCCAUGCAUGUGAGGAGAAACUGGAGAAGGUGUUCGAUGUUUAUGAGGAAAGAUUAUCAAAGAGCAGCUAUCUGGCUGGAGAAGCUUUCACUCUGGCUGAUCUGAGCCAUCUUCCAGGGAUAAGCUAUCUGAUUGAUGAAGCUAAAUUGGGGCAUUUGGUGUCUGAGAGGAAGAAUGUGAAUGCUUGGUGGAAAGACAUAUCCAACAGGCCUGCUUGGAAGAAACUAAUGAGCCUUGCUAGUGACUACUAGAUAUGAGAUACCCCCAGUAUUUCAUGUGGAAGAAAGAACUGAGAGAAAGAAAAAAAAUAAAAAAAAGAGUAGUUAAUAAAUUAAUCUUCUGUUAUGCUUAUGUGAGAAAAUUACCCCCAAAAAAAGGCUGUGUUAAAGAGAACAACAUUUUCCUUUUAUGUAAUGUAUGUGUGGCAAAUUUGAUUGUGUCAAUGAAAAGGAAUAAAUCUUUUUUUUUUCAAUUAAUUAUUUA